AUGUCGAAAUUUCCGGAAGUUCAAGGAGGAGGCUCCUUAAUUCUUGCUUGGCAGAUCAAGAACAAGCAUGUGUUAGUAGUUGGAGGUGGUGAGGUAGCCGCGGGGCGGAUCCUGCAUGCCCUCAAUGCCGACGCCCACGUCACCGUGGUCUCCCCUUCAGCCGGUCUGAAUGAGGAAGUGGCCUAUCGAGUCGCAGAAAAGCAAGUCACUCAUGUGGAUCGAAAUUUUGAACCUUCGGACCUGGAAAAUGCCGACAUGGUGCUAUGUGCGAUUGAUGACCCGGAGGCCUCCACCCAGGUGUGGAAGCUUUGCAAGGAGAAACGAAUUCCCGCCAACAUUGCCGAUGUUCCUCCGGAGUGUGAUUUCUACUUUGGUAGUAUGCACCGUGACGGUCCACUCCAGAUAAUGGUCAGUACAAAUGGAAAUGGCCCCAAGCUGGCUAGCCUGGUGCGCAAGAAGAUCGCUGCGACCUUGCCUUCAAAUAUGGGAGCUGCAAUUGAGAACGUGGGUGAACUGCGGAAGAAGCUAAGAGAUGUGGCGCCCAAGCAGGAGCAAGGGCCUAAGAGAAUGAAGUGGAUGUCGGCAGUUUGUGAAUCAUGGAGUUUGGAUGACUUGGUACAAAUGACUGAACAGGAUAUGGACGGUCUUCUAUCGCAUUAUGAGUCUGGAAAAGUUCCGGCACUUCAGGAAGUACGAGAAUGA